AUGGUACAAGAAAGGCACCUUCAGGGUAGAGAGCGAGGAGUCUGGUGUUCCCAAGUGAGAUUCUGGUCUGUUGCUGCAGUUUCCAUCACACUUCUCAGUGCCUGCUUCAUUAUGAGUUGUGUGGUGACUUAUAAUUUUAUGCAUGGCAAAAAUGACAAAAAGCUGUCAGAUCUACACAUUUAUUAUUCAAGUCUAACCUGCUUCAGUGAAGGGACAAGGAAGACAGAAAAAGUCUGGGGAUGUUGCCCAAGUACUUGGAAGUCAUUUGGUUCCAGCUGCUACCUUGUUUCUACUGAAAAGGAUGUUUGGACUAAGAGUGAGUAGAACUGUGCUGGGAUGGGAGGUCAUUUGGUGGUGAUUGACACAGAAGAAGAGCAUCUAUGACUCCUCUUUUUCUUCAUGCAGAAUUUCAUUGUCCAGCAAUUGAAUGAAUCACUUCCUUAUUUCCUGGGACUCUCUGAUCCACAGGGGAACAGCAAAUGGCAAUGGAUUGAUCAUACACCUUACAAAGAAAACAUCAAAUUCUGGCAUGACAAGGAGCCCAGUUUCUCUGGAGAGCAAUGUGUUUCAAUAGUUUUCUGGACACCUGGAAAAUUGGGCUGGAAUGAUGUUUUCUGUGAUUCAAAUAUGAAUUCAAUAUGUGAGGUGAAGAAGAUUUUACUAUGA